GCUGACUUACCAAAAUGCAAUCGAGAGUAUUUGUAUGAAAAUUAGAACUCAAGUGCUUACGAAGUGUAAUUAGUGUCAAAGAUGGAAUGUCCUUAAUAUGGUGUAAAUUUUGGAGGAGUGAUAAAGACAUACAAAAUGCCACUGGUCAUGCAAGUUGUUGUUAUUUGCAUCUCAUGCAUCGCUCUUCAAUUUAUCGGUAUCGUGAAUACACUCAAAUCUCUUCAAAUCCACGUCCCCAAAGCCGUUCUCACAGGUCUAGACGCGGAACUAAUGUGUACAUACGAAUUGGAAGGAGCCCAGCUAUAUUCGAUACGCUGGUAUAGAAAUAUGAUUGAGUUCUACCGAUAUGUACCAAAGGAGUCGCCCGCUACCAAGGUUUUUCCAGUGGCAGAGAUUAAAGUCGACGUAGCAGCGUCAGAUCAAAAUCGUGUUGUACUUACAGAAGUAGACAGAACGUUGACAGGAGAAUACCAAUGUGAAGUAUCAGCUGAUGCACCCUUGUUUCAUACAGACAUAAAGUCAGCUAAAAUGGUUGUAGUUGAACCGCCGCUUUUAAGCCCCAAUGUUACAUCUGAUAGAAUGACAUACAUCGGUGGAGAUCACAUAAGAGCAAACUGUACCUCGCCACCUUCACUACCAGCAGCUAAUAUCACGUGGUACGUCAAUGAACAAAUGGUUCCAAGUUUUACGGCAAACCAUGUGCUGAAUUUUAGCAAUGGAUAUGCAUCAAGUCUGUCCACUUUGGAAUUGGAGGCAGCAGCACUGUCACCCGUGCCUACACUUAUGAUACGCUGUGAAGCAUCUAUAUUCGACGUGUGGAAAGCAACCAGCCACACAAUAGUUUUACGAGAGCGAAGCGCGAACCCAGCUUCCGCUUUGGGCAGGAGUUUUACAGGUGCUGCAACAGAAACUUGUAUACCUACUAUUCUGGUUCUACUGCUUCAAGUAAUCUUGCAAUUCUUAUUAAAUAACUUCACAGAGACUUCAAUAAGAUAGCUGAAUUUUGACUACCAUGUUAUAUGUUUUAAAUGUAGUGAGGCAGGGUUUUAACUAUUGUUCUAGUAAGUUAAGGACAAUACUUUUUGAGUUUCCGUAGUUCAUUUUAUAAGUAAAUUGUUGAACUACCUAUCGUGUAACAUAUACAGUUUUAAAUAUAACAAGUGAUUAAUAUGUUAAAUACAAAAUAUUACAAACAUAUAAUUUUUUAAGCUUAAAUGAAAUAAUUGGGCCUAAAUAUGUAACUUACUCAUUCAUUUAAUAGUGACCUUUAAAUCUUUCUUUGUUUCAAUUGGAUUAGAAAAAGAGCUUAACUGAUUUUAUAAUUCGAUUAUGUAGCAACUAUAAUGAUUAUUAAAAUAGACUGAUUAAUGAAUUGUAAAUUAAUUUACUAUGUACAUAUAUAAUUAAAGUUAAAUUAAUAGUUAGUGUCAAGUAACUUUAUAUUCCUAUUAAAUUUAGCUGGCGUUUUAACUGUAUUUUUAAAUAUAUUGUAAUGUAUCGUUAAGGUUAACAAACAGUGUUGUAAUAAAAUUCUUGUAAGUAUUCUAU